CCCCCCCACCUCAUUCAAGUAACAGUGAAGUAAUAAAUGAAUCACAGCAUAAUAAUAUCAAUUUGUACAUGAAAAUAAACUGAUCGAUAUGUGGUCAUUUCGCAAUAUUUAAAAAAAGUCUAGAAUUGGGGACAAACAUUACCAAAUACACGUGACUAUAAAUACAAUAGCAUCUUUCAAUUCCUUUGAUUUCAUGCGUGACCAUGGUUUUGAAAUACCCAAAGUAAUGUUAGAAGUGCACAUGAUGUAAAUAUUGUAUUGUGUUUACCACACGCAUUGAACAAUACAUGGGUGAUACAUUUCGAUCGUGAAUCGGAUCACGGUCUUAAUAUAGCUCCGUUAGUAAGAAUCUCACAAAAACGUCCUAGGACAUGACACGAUUUCAGCGACACAAUGUCAUUUCGGAUCAGAUACAGAGAUGAUCGAGGAUAACAACUCGGGUCAUUCGUUGUUCAAGAAUAGGUAGUUGAUGGCUAUAGUUUCUUUAGCUGUUACAAAAUUGGAAUGAAAGAUUUUCGUCCUUCGUCCAAUUUCGUAACUGCUAGAGAAAGCUGUGAAAAUCCAGACGAAAACCCACGGUAUAGGGUAGUUGACGACAGUAAACGACUCCGGCCACCCACUGCUGAUUAAAAUUAGGGCUUGCCGAACUAGUACUACGGGUCCUAGAUAAAUAUCACCUUGGGCAAUAUCGUAGGACACAAACCCGACAAACAGGAAUAGGACUGCGUAACGAGACAAAGAAAAAUGAUCCACUUCUCGGAGACCCGGACAUAUUAAUUGUUCAUAUUGUUCUGAGUAAAGCUGUGCAUGUGCGUGCGUGCGUGCGUGUGUGGUGAAAAUGGGCUAUAUAAUGUGUGCAGCGUUCUUGAAGUGCUGUUACCUCUUCUUUAAAUAAGGAAUUGAGCACGAUUAAAUAAAUAAUUAAAAGUGAUCGGGAUGCAAAAGCGGGUAGAAAUGUUGAAACAGCUGAAAAAGUGUAUCUGUCGCUUUGACUAAAAUCACGGGAUUAACUUGGCUAUCACCAGUUUUGUUCCCUGAAGUGACGCGCAUGUCGCUUUGACUAAAAUCACGGGAUCAACUUGGAUAUCACCAUUUUUUUCCUCAAGUGACACGCACGUGAGCUUGAGGGUUUUGUUUUAUGGGUCACAUGAAACGAAUUACAAAAACAUCUGGACACAAACAAUAACCCGUGUUAUCAAAAGAUUAACAAACAAUUUUUAUCAACAAGCAUACGGAUGUAUUAAGAACAAUUUAUAUGCAUAAGCGAUCAAACUCCCCAAAUUAAUUUUUAUAUAAAAAUUAAAACUGACUCAUUUAUUGCGAAAUUUGUACUAUAUCACCCUCUUACACAAUGUACGUCUGCCCACGCGCAUUUUGCCAUUGGCUUUACAGUUCAAUGCCCUUAUAAUGAAGUAACUUGGACUGCCAAUUCAUCAUGAUUCAGUAGUUCUAAAAUCAAUAGUCUUUGAUGAGGUCCCAUGUAGCGAAUACGCAUUGCUUGUUACUAGCUCUGUGCUUGUUUUAUGUUAAUGCUGUGGUAAUGAUUUCUUUGCUACGUUUCUUAAAUUUUUGUAUGAUUCCACGGUUUACUUAAUAUUUAUUGUUCAUUAAAAAAAUUACAAAAACAAUCUACCGAGGUGAAAAAAGGACUGUUGCAAGGUAUCCUCUUCAGCUAGCAACCCUUUCGCCUGCCGUGUUAAUCAAAACUUAAUAAGUAAACCAAAAUGUUAAAUCACUUUUGUACUUUAACUGUAACUUUCAGUACACAUUGUAGCACUGUGCUUAAGUGGCGUCCUGUAUAAUGGUUACAGGACCAUCAAGUAUAAGACAUACUAGUACAAUACUUUUGUCAGUUUGAAGAACAGUGAGCGUCGCUAAGGAUGUCGUAUUGACAAAAAUACAGAUGGCAGAUCGAUAUCAGUUUAGCAAGAUGGAGAACACAAUAAUUGUGGACAUGAGUGUAAUUUGUUAGACCUCAAAGACGGAGAAUUUUACAGAUUUUAGCAAGUUUUUUUCCCACCCGGACACUGGGAAGCGGCCUAGCUCAGCCGAUGAGACAUUUUGGCACAUGUCGAGCAUUUUGGAAUUCACAUAAACGCUUCAACCUCGGAGAAAACAUAUCGUGUUGGAACUAAACUCACUUCAAUCGCGAGUCAAAGUAUCAACGUUACUGAAAUUUCUUUCAUCAUAUGUCAUCUUUUAAGGGCUGCUGUGAAAUACCCAAAGAUAAAAUGCUCGCCAACAUGACGGAAAACCUGCAUGGUAGACCUAAGAUCAUAGACUGAUGACAAGACUACGAGGCAUCUGAAUUCGUUACAAUAAUUUACACUGAUUUAAUAGCUAUGGCCACCUAUAAUGCCACCAUAUUCGUAAGUGCGUCCACGACAAAUGCAACUUGGAACGUAACAACGACAGUCGCAAAUAGUACCAUCUUUGAAGGAUCCAAUGCUUCUACGGAGGUCUCCGUAACAGCUAUACUAGGAGUGUCACUGGCAUUUAUUUUGACAUCAAACAUUGUAUUAAACAGUUUAUUUGUAUUUGUGGGUGUAAGAUCUAAGGAACUUCAACGUGCUCCUCAUUAUUUCAUGGUUAACCUGGCUUGUGUCGACAUCGCUGGGGGCUUGCUGUGGUCGCUUUUUACAUUGAUCUCAGUUGUCCUCUCGCGGUGGAUUCUGGGAGAUGGGCUGUGUCGUCUGCAAGGCGUCUUGGGUGUGUUUGUUUUUCUGACAUCGGUUCACAACUUCGUAAUCAUUGUUGCAGAAAGGGCUAUGAAAACAGGUCUCACGGACAAACACAAGGAAAUAUUCAACCAAACGUCGUCCUUGAUAAUUAUUUUUACCCUUUGGGUAUUUGAUCUAGUUACUGCAAUUUUGCCCCUUAUUGGCUGGGGAGGAUACGUAUACUUUUCUAAACAAUUUCAAUGUGGCCUGAACUUUGAAAAAAGUAUUGCACAGUUGUACUUCGUUCUUGUAAUAGGCUACGUUGUUCCCGUGGUUGGUAUUUUUAUGUGCUUUAUUUCACACUUCUGCAAACUGCGUCAGCAGCACGGUUCAGUUUCACCUACACAAAUGUCAGAGAAUGAAAAACAGAGAUCGAAAAAUAGAGAAAAUAAAGAAAAGGGCCAGGAAAAUACAUUAAUCAGUGAGAGCUACGGGAAAAGAUUUCGCAGGCAACAAAUUCGUUUUCAAAACUUCCCAGUAAAUAAAUACAUUUUAAAUGGGGAGAACUGUCAAAUAACGGACUGUAGCAAAAACAACAAAAGGUUUACACCUUCAGUCGUAGAUGAAAAAAUACAAGUAAACAAGAGACAAAGGGCUACGUCAAUAUCAAGUUAUAUGACAGACACUAACCUAUCUGCAACGGUACUGAUAACGGUAUUUAUGUAUAUGAUAUUGUGGUUUCCAUUCAUUGUGCUCAACUAUCUCGAUUUACUAGAGGUGUCCUUUAUUGUGCCUGACAGCGCCUGGGUCGCGUCAGUGUGGUUAACCCAUCUCAGCACCGUCAUAAAACCUGUUAUCUAUUUCACACACAACAAACUUAUCCGAAACGCUUCAAAAAGUGUGCUCUGUGUCAAAAUACAAAAACCACAUAUUAUCUUUAAAAGUAAGCCUGAAAGAGAAAAGCAAACUAUUUCUUCAAAUACUGCGGAGCUUAAAAACACAACCAAAGUCAUUCUGCAAGAACGGGUGGAAGAGAAAAGGGAUCAAGACGACGGCAGAGAGUCUGACUAUGGAUCAGACUGCAGUAGCGGAAGUAGUACUACUGCUUUUAAUGAACCAAAGGAUACUUCAAAUGUUAACCUUCAACAAGCGAAAUGAUUUUUUGUAUGUAAAGAGGCCUUAACUCGGGAUGUAGAUGAUUUAAGGAAUUGUUUCUGGCAAUAGUCUUUAAAGUCUUGACCUGUUCAUACGAUAAAAUAAAUAAAAUAAAAUCUUUUUUCUUUAUAUAGACUUUA